AUUCGUCAAAACUUCCAUAAAGUAAAUAACGUUUUCACAUUCUGAGUAUUUCCACUUCCUAGCUUCUUUUAGUUCGCAGUUUCUAUAAUAUGGAAUAAAAAAGUACUGUAUAAUAAUAAGAAGAAGAAGAAGAAAAAGAAGAAACACAAGAAAAAUUAAGUUGUACAAUCUGUGAAACAAACUUUUCGUAUGUAUUACGAUUUUAUACCAUUAAUAAAAAAUGUUUCUCCAACCAUCGAAUAAUAGGAUCGUUGGAGGCGCAUAUAUAAACAUAACGUUCGUUCCAUACAUGCUCUCGCUCAUGUUGGGAGGCCAACACAUAUGUGGUAGUGGUAUUCUUAACGAGAAUUUCGCUAUAACGGCAGCACAUUGUGCCCAAGUAGUUGCUAGACGUAUAAAUGAUUCCACAGUUCGUAGCGGAUCCUCUUUUAGAGACAAAGGUGGUGUCAUUCACAAUGUAGUAAAAGUAAUUAACCAUAAAAAGUUUGAUCCGAAUACAAACAAUUAUGAUAUCGCGAUUCUAAAGAUACACCCACCUUUUAAAUAUGAUAAUACUACUCAGCCAUUAAAGAUACCGUUUAAUGAAUCGACUUCUAGUGAUUUUGGCUUUGUAGCUGGUUGGGGAUACUUUUUGAACUUUGAUCCGGUUCUCUCCGAAGAAUUGCAAUACGUUAUACUACCAAAGGUAUCGAAAAAAAAAUGUAAAAAAGAUUAUUCAGGUAGCUUUGACAUAACUGAAACUCAAGUAUGUUAUGGAUUGAAUGAGGGAGGACAUGACGCUUGUAAAGGUGACUCAGGUGGACCAAUGGUCAAUAUGGAUAAUGUUUUAAUCGCUGUGACAUCGUGGGGUGAUGGAUGUGCACGCCCAAAUCAGCCGGGUGUUUAUACCGAUGCUAUUCUACUUCGUGAUUGGAUAAAAAAUAACAUUGGAAAACAUUAAGACCGAAAUUAAUAUGACGACAAUGUUACGAAAUACGAUUAUUUAUUUCGAUAAUGUUAAACAAUAUAUUUAUUGAUACACAUA